AUGGAAUCCGCCAUUCGCUGGUCCCCGACAUCGUCGGCCACUGAACAACGUUUCCUGUCAGUCGACGUCACAGGGAAAUCAUUUCGUCUUUGUAGAGUCACCGGCUUCGAUGGCAAGAACAUACGGCAUGAAUUGCUCUCAACCUUGACCAAUGUCCCUGGGUUUCGCGCAUUUGACUGGUCUACCUACAAUGAGAACCUGAUUGCCGUUGGCCAGUCAUCUGGAGAGGCCACCAUCCUCCGUCUCGAUGGCGAUACUAAGGAGUCUCUUUCGUUUCCAGUCCGCAAUCAGCGUUACUGCAAUGCAGUCGCAUUUAGCGUCCAUGGUCUUGUGGCAUCGGGACUCGAUCGCGUCCGAAACGACUUUUGCUUGAACAUCUGGGAUGUCAACCAACGACUUAGCCCUGCUGGUGGAAGCAAAGGUUUUACUGAACCUUUGAGGAAACUCGCCAGCUCUGAGCCUAUUACCAGUAUUAAAUUCUUCCGUGACCAGCCUGACACAAUUGUAACUGGCGUGAAAGGCCAAUUUGUUCGUAUAUAUGAUUUAAGAGAGGGACCCGGCAAUCCGUCAUUGCAGUUUCCCACUCGAUGUGUUCAUAAUCUAGCGAUUGAUUGGCUUGAUGAGAACUACAUUGCAUCUUGCAUUCCAUCAAAUGAAAGCACUAUCUGUGUGUGGGAUCGUCGUGUUGGAUCUCGACUGACAUCACCAUCAAUGGGCUCCUCUGCCAGUGCCGCGGACUCGGGUCAAGCGACAGCUGCUUUGGAACUAAAGAAUGUUUUCCACCCGGAAUCUUCCAUCUGGAGUUUACGUUUCUCAAAAACCAACCGAGGUAGCUUAGCUGCACUCUCCAGUAAUGGUCAUUUCAAGACCUACGAUAUCGCCAAAGAUUACCUGCUAGAGGAGUAUCGCUCUUCAAUAGACGAUACUCUUGGCCAAGGCUCUUACAAAAACUAUCCAGAAUCGGUAUAUACCAAGCACGUGCGGGACGUAUGUGUGCCCUUUGAUCAUCCAACGCGUGGUUGCAAAGAAAAAGACCGAGUUGUUUCAUUCGAUUUCAUCAAUCUUAGUUUGUCUCCUCAACCAAGCGCUAUCGCACUUGACGGGAACGGACAACCUCAGAUAAUCACUGCGCGCGCACCGUCCGCGCCAGUUGAUCUAUCUUCACAAAGCGUAUUGGCCUAUGGUCUUUCAUCAGAUGAUUCAGAUGUCCGCUCAAUUCACCCGCUAUCCGAGCACAUUUCGCCUAUUUCGGACUUAAUUGGGAACAUCAAGUCACGGGUAUGCUCGACUUCGCAAGAGCAUGUGCAAAACUCAAAUGGCCAAUUAUUUGUGUCGAAGACUCUGGAGUCCGAGCCUGUUCCGAGCCAUGAGAACCGGGAACGUGCUAUGGCUCUGGGAACGAUGGGCGUGCCCCUUACUGCGAAAGAAGCACUUACUCUAUGCGCAGUCAGUCAAUCUCGGUGCAAAGAGGGUUAUCUGUUUGACGAGGCACGAAACCGGGAGGUCGCAUCCGAUGAUCCAGCCUUGCAAGACUUUUGGAGCUGGGUAGAACGUGCUCGCACUGAGUCUUCUAAGACGUCUAUGGUUGUCAAUGGCUUGGAUCUGAGCUAUCUAGGCGUGAGCAAUGUCUGGAACAAUGACUUAGGAGUUGGGUUCGAGCAGCGUCGUGUGGGUGCUAAGACCGAGAACGCCAAAAUAGUGGCGGUUGCAGUAUCAACCUUGGCAGAGCAGUUAAAUAUUCCGAUAACAAAGGGCUGUGAAACUGAUUUCCCCGGCCAUCGCCGACUCUGCCUUCGUCUCUGCGGUGCAGCCCAAUCCUAUCGUGAGCUGGAGGAUUCAGUGAACCUCUUAUCUGGCCAAAAUCAGCAUACCAAAGCCGCUGCACUAGCUGUCUUCCAAGACGAGCCUAAAUUGGCUUACCUUGCGCUUCGAAGCAAUCAACCAACCCAAGCUCAUAAGUUGCUAGCGAUGGCAAUUGCCGGUGCUUCCAAGGGGGACAAUGGUGUGGAUUGGGAAGAGACUUGCGCAGAAAUAGCCAAGGAGCUCACUGAUCCAUACGCUCGGGCAAUUCUGGCGCUUGUGAGCAAAGGUGACUGGAACUCGGUGAUCAGGGAAACCACAUUACCUCUGAAGUAUCGUGUGGAGGUUGCGCUGCGCUGGCUUCCAGAUGACGAGCUAACUGAGUAUUUGAAGGAUGCUACAGGCGCGGUAAUGCGCCAAGGUGACAUUGAAGGGGUUGUGCUCACCGGUUUGGGUCAUCUAGCCAUGGGGCUGUUCCAAUCAUAUAUUGGGAAGUUCAAUGAUGUCCAAACCCCCGUGCUAGCCAUGAGCCACACCGUACCGCGGCUUGUUAACAAUCAAAAACAUAUUGUCCAGUUUGAGGCUUGGCGUGAGACCUACCGGCGCCAGAUGAACUCAUGGAAGCUUCAGCUUGAGCGAGCCCGAUUUGACGUUGGAUCUCGUCGCUUCGCUGUGACUGCGGACGGUCGCAAACUCAUGCCACCACCCCCACAGCAAGUCAGUCUUACCUGCAAUUACUGCACAAACCCCCUCACUCAGCACGACGCUUCCUCCCAAGUCUCUUCCACUAAGAGUUCCGAAACUGUUCAUCAGACCACUGGUAACCCACUAGCCUCCACAGCCAUGUCUGGAACCGUGUGUCCGCGCUGUGGACGGCAUAUGCCACGCUGUGGUGUCUGCACCUUGUGGCUGGGGUCUCCGGACCCGAUGUCCCGCGCCAGUAUUGCUGCUGAUACAGAGGCGGAUUCUCGCAAGCCUACGGAGGCUGAGGUGAUGCGGCGGUUCGUGGUAUUUUGUAUCCAUUGCAAUCAUGGCUUCCACGCAAACCAUGCGAGUGACUGGUUCAAGCGGCAUCGGGUCUGUCCUGUAGCAGAGUGCAACUGCAUUUGCGAUCGGUGA